AUUUAUAGAACCAGUGUUAUAGAUAGGGCAGCGCUUUGAUGGUGUAAACUUAGAGUGGCCAGGAGUUUGUGUCAGUCCUCGUCUAGUAGUGUGAUGAUGAUCGGGAUGGAAACUGGUUUUCGGCCUAAGUAUUAGCUCGUUCGGUUUAUAUCAGAGGAACUCGGGUUCAAUCCUGGCAUUAACGGAAACUUUAUUUACACUUGUUGUCCCUGUUCACCUACAGUAAGUAGGUACCUUGUACUGAACCGAGUGUUGUGCGUCGCAUUAUGGGGAAGAGGAUCAAAGAUCCCCAGUGGAAAUAAGCCACAUUUAUUGGAUUGUCCUGGAUUGAAGACAGUUUGUAUUGGGAGCAGUGUGAAGAUAGUGUGUUGGGAAUUAAUAAUCCAAUAAAUCACGGAGCAUAUUAUUACAUUUUUGUGAGUCAUAACCCAAGAAAGCCAGUGUGGCUUAUCUCUGGGAUGCGAACCACAGCAGUCGGCUGAUGCCCAGGUACCUACUUACUGCUGGGUGAACAUGGGCAACAUGUCAGGAAACAUGCCCAGCUUGUUUUGCUCGUCCCACGUUCGAACCCUGGUGCUUCAGUGGUGAACUGAGCACGCUGUCACUUGAGUCACGAGCCACCUGGUGACUACGUUCAGUUUUGUUACAGUGUUGUCUUAACAAUAUCGUUCACCGGAGGAGCAUAAUGUCAUGAGAUAAUUCUUGACCCAAAGUGUGUUGACCCCGAGUGUGUUGACUCCGAGUGUGUUGACCACCAGCCACGAGUGUUGACCUCUAAGCACAAGUGUUAACCCCGGGUGUAUAGCUCCAAAAUGUAUUGACCUCCAGGCCAUGAGAGACCAAGAGCUCAUGGCAAAAGGAUCCAGCAACAGCCAUGAUGGAUAGGAAUACUGGAAACCUGACCCGUGAGAACCCGGAAAAUUACAACUUUGACCCCAGGAUUCUGGACGUCCAUGCCUGGGCUUACGGUGUACUCAGUCCAGUCAUCAUCUCAGUCGGCGUGGUGGGUAACUUACUCACCAUCCUAAUACUCAUGAAUCCCAAAUUUAAAGCAGGUGUGACGUACAAGUACUUCUUGAUCCUUGCUGCAAGUGACUUGGUAGCUCUGCUCUUCUCAGUGUCUGUGUUUGUGCACAUCAUCCACGAAGCCACUCUCGUCUACGCCACAGCUGUCUGGUACUCUUACUUAGAAGAUUUUUUGGCUAACGUCCCACUGAGCACUUCGGUAUUCACUGUCAUAUGUAUAACAAUUGAUCGCUUCUACUCCAUCUGUCGCCCGACCAAAUUCUCGACUAUACACAAUGAAAAAUUUGCCCGCAAAGCGCUUCUCGGGUCACUGAUAUUAUCUGUUAUUGUCUGGUUACCCGUUUGUUUUCUUAAGACGCCGGUGGAAGUUGAUGACUGUGAAUCUUCUUAUUUUGUACCUCCUGACAACAGAACUUGGUGGGUGGCGUGCAUGGUACAUGACACCCUGACAGAACCUUUGUAUCUAGUUUAUUCAUGGGGCAGACAGACUAUCGUAACAUUUAUUCCACUUGUUUUAAUGAUUGUUUUGAACAUCAUGACAAUCAAAGAGUUUAUCAGAGUCAGCAAGAAAAGAAAAGAGAUGAAAAACAACUCUGUUUUAAGCAGUGCCGCACCGACUCUCUCUUCAGCAACUGAAGUCACACACAGCCACGACCGUAACCUGAUUCGACUUCUGUUUGCAGUAGUAGUGACAUUCUUCAUCACCAUGGUGCCUGCGGGAGUCUUCAAUGCUAUGUAUUCCGAAUACCUAACUUCUGAUUUCGAAUACGAAGUGUUUAGGGCUCUAGCAAAUGACCUAGAAAUUCUUAAUCAUGCUCUGAACUUCUACAUGUACAUAUUAUGCAGCAGUCAAAUUCGGUUGACAUGCAGGGCACUUAUCCGACGAUGUUUUUCUUGCAGUUCAUCAGUGUCUGCCUUCGCAUGUAUGCAGCACCCUGAAUAGUCUCAAACACUGCCCAAUGCCCCGUGUGGGACACGGCAGUCGCUUCAAUAGCGACACUUUCAAGGACUAGAAAGAAACAAACACGACAAAAAAAAAAUCCAAAAUAUGUACAUUAAAACAUGAAAAGGUUCUUGGGCUGUACGGAUAUUAGACUUACCUCGAUGCAGCAGUUAGCAUUGAUUUUUUUUCCUUAUUCAACGAACACACAGAA